GUAAGCGUCAUUUUAUGUGUCAUGUAUGUGUUGUGUCAAAAUCAGUCAAAAUGAGAAAAUAUGAUCGAAGUAACCUGAAAUGUGGCCAAAAAAACAAAAUAUUUCUCUUUCCGAUGCCUUUAAGUGUCCGUAAAAAUAUUUAAAGUGAAAGUCACGCUAGAAAAGUCCAAGAACUUCUCAAAAUGACACCACACAUAAAACCUAACCUAUUUCUCCAACAUCAUUCAAAGAUCUCAAAACUUUCCAAUUCCAGCAGCUUUCGAACGAUUUUGCGUAAAUACCCUCCAGGACUAUGAUUUCUUACAUAAAUAAAUCGCUGCUUUCAAAAAGACUGGGUAAAGUAAAAUUACGUAAAAUAAAGAAAUUUUCAUUAAAAAAAAUAAUAGGAAAACAAGAAUAAAGUGCCAUAAGGAUUUAUGUUUUACGACUUUUAUUAAAAUUGUUUCAAAGAACCAUCUAUAGAUUCUUAAUAUUUAAAAAUUCUUGCUUAUCGUUUAUGUUUAAAAAAAAAUGAGUGUUUUAAUGAGAUGUCCUGGCAUAUAUUGUGGUCGUGAAUCAUUUCCUGAUGGAAAUUGGAGUGAUUGUGGUGCGUGUCCACGAGGAUUUAGGACGAAUUCUUCUUCGGCUUGUGUUCCUUGUGACGAUAUCCCAGUGCUUUACGAUUGGCUUUACCUGGGUUUCAUAGCUGUUUUCGCCCUGGUCCUGCAUUGGUUUUGCAUUGACAUGGUUGCAAUGAGACGCAACAUCCCCAAGGAAGUGAUCGCACUACAUUGCUCUGCGAUUCUGGAAAUUGUUGCCGCAUCAAUUAUUACCCUGCAAAUAAUGGAUCCUGUCGGAUCGUUUAAUAUCAGGUCGUGCAGGGCUCAGAAAUUAUCGGAUUGGUAUACUCUAUUACACAAUCCUACUCCAAAUUAUGAACAGACUCUUCACUGCACGCAGGAAGCAGUUUAUCCAUUAUACACCAUGGUGUUCGUAUUUUAUGCGUUUGGAAUUUUGAUAAUGCUUUUAAUACGACCGCUGAUAGCGCGAAAAUUCCUUCCCAAACAGGGAAAGUUUUCCAUCUAUGCUGCAUUAUAUUUCUUCCCGAUCUUAGCGUUAUUUCAUGCAGUCGGAGGUGGACUCAUAUACCACUCAUUCCCUUACAUCACGAUUGUCUUGUCAGUCCUUUCCAACGCAGUGCAUUUCGCUUUCAAGUUAAACCAGACAAUGAAAUCAUUAAUCCUGAGUUCGGUUUCGGACGUGAAAAACAUAAUUGUGAUUUUGGGUCACUGGCUUUUGCACGGAUAUGGUGUAAUGGCAGCUGCGACUCUUCACGGACUUACACUUCAUCCAGCGAUGCUUGCCCUGGUUCCAUUGCCAGCUUUAUUUUACAUUCUUACAGCCAGGUUUACGGACCCUCACAAGCUGCAGGAAGAAUGAAAAGAACUUGAAUUCACGGAUAAAAGUAUAUUCACACUUAGGAAGUCAGUAGUGAGUGAGUUCGAAAUAUCAAGAAUGUGAUGUGGAAAAAACGUCAAUUGAUAUCGAAAGUCCAAAGAUCUACAAAAUUGCAAACUAUCUUCCACCAAAAAUAUCACGCUUAACAUUCAUGAAAUGCGUAA